CAACACGGGUCUGAAAGACGAUGAAGACAUAAAAGAUUACGUUUCAGCGUUCUUCGUUAUUUGCAGUUCAGUGGAAGUGACAUAUUGUUAAAGUGUCUCGAAAAUGUUCGGCUCCAAUAAAAUGUCAGUGAGCGCUUCCUGUGAGUCGGUGUCCCAGAAGAGGAGCGUGUCGAGCCUCCUCGCCGGUCGUGUGCUGAAAAAGCCAAAGCCUGAGGAUGAGGAGCAGCUGCAAGGGGAGGUGAUCCAACUGCUGGAGCAGCAGCAGGACCUCAGCAGUCUGUUCAGGGAGGUUGGGGAUGCAGCAGCACUGUGCGGUACUCUGAAUGUAGCCCGUGAAUAUCAGGGCGUCUCUGCGGCCGUCGCCGGCUCCAUGCUUGCGGCGGAGCUGAAGCGUCGGGCUGCUCGGCUCAACGUCGCUGUGCCGGGGCUUGCGGUGAAGAUGCUGCUGGAGCGCCUAAUGGAGAUCACAGAGGAGGAAGAGGAGAAAGAGGAGGAGGAGGAGAGGCAGAUGCUCAGUCCACCUCAGAGGACCCGGCUGGCUGAGGUGCUGCAGUCCAGCAGGGAGCUGCUUUCUCAGGGAGUCCUUUGCCCCAGACUGCUGGGGCAGGAGAUCAGGAAACAUCAGAACCUUCCAAAACUGGAGGUUUUGUACCACCUCCACGUUCAUAACGUCCUCACUUUGAAGCACAUCUUAGAGAGUGAGGAGGAGGUCAGGCGCUGGUUGGUGUCUCAGAUGAAGGCUCUGUGUGGUUGGAUGCCUCCACAGGAAGAAGAGGAGACCAGACAGGUCCAGCAGAAAGUUCUGUCAGCUGUGGUGGGUGUGUUGGUGUCGGGUCAGGAUGCCGCUGCAGAGCGGAAGAUCUCUGCGCUGUGCAGCUCGGUGCUGGACGACAUGCUCUUCUGGCUUCUGGACUCUGUGGACUCAAGUCAGUCUGAUGCAGGAGGAGCUCAGCGAUGGAUUCAAGUGUUGGAGGCUUCGCUCUGUGGAGUUUCAGCCUCACCCGAAGCUCUGCAGCGUUUCUUCACCCACUCCCUCACACAGACUCUCACCUACAGGCCUCAGCUCACAGUGUCGGACGCCAUCAGUCUGCAGAGCCAGUGGACGUUUGCUAAAUCCAGCCACACGCUGAUCGCUCUGCUGCGUCAGCUGUCUGGGAUCUUCACCGUGGAGCAGCUUCUGUCUCACCUGCAGAAGGUUCUAGAAACCCACGAGGUCAACUGGAAACACGUCCUGAGUUUCUGCUCCACCGUGCUGGUUUAUUACAGCGCGGCCCAGCACGGCCUCACAGAGCUGCUGUCCAGGCUGCUGAGCGCUGCGUUCCACGGCUACGACCUGGAGAACAUGAUCACAGCCUUCUUACUGGCUCGACAGGCCUCGCUGGAGGGACCCGCCAUCUUCCCCUCCUACAGUCACUGGUUCAAGAUGUGUUUCGGAGGAGGCACUGGGUUCCACGCCAGCAGUAAGAAGUCUCUGGUGUUCCUGCUGAAGUUCCUGUCAGACCUGGUUCCUUUUGAACCUCCUCAGUACCUCAAGGUUCACAUCCUCCACCCCCCGUUCGUCCCCCUGAAGCACCGCGGCCUCCUCAUGGAGUACGUCUCCCUGGCCAAGACCAGACUGGCAGACCUAAAGGAGUCAGUGGAGGACAUGGGGUUAUAUGAGGAUGUUUCUGCUGCAGGUGCUCCAGUGCAGUGUCAGGCUGUGCAGGACGUACAGAAGGCUGUGUCUCUGUUUGAAACCACCGGCAGAAUCUCUGCUACAGUCAUGGAGGCCAGUAUUUUCCGGAGGCCGUAUUUUCUGACUCGAUUCCUCCCGGCUCUGCUGACACCCAGAGUGCUCCCAGUGAAGUCCGACGCUCAGAUGAGUUUCAUCGACGCUCUGAAAAAAGCAGAUAAGAUUCCCGCUGCUCAGUAUUCAUCCUACGUGGAGUCCUGUCAGAGAGAGAGGCAGAGGAAGAGGGUGGCAGAGUGCUCGGACUCCAGCGACGACCCCCUGGAGGUCCUGAACGUCCAACUGCAGAAGCUCACGGAGUUCAUCGUGAAAGGAGACCAUGAAGAGAUGUCGGCCCAGCUCUCCAGGAUCUCACACACCCUCAGCGUGGUUUUCCCCGGUGGUCCUGAUGAGCCCACCCAUGGACAGACACUCAUCAGGCUUCAGGUGGACGCUCCUCCGACCUCUGACCUCCACCUCAGUGUGAUCGAUGCGAUCAUGAGAAAUUUCUGUCAGUGUGUCGUAGAAGCUUCCCGAGAAAACCCUCCAAACAAACAGAGCCCGUGGGCUUCCAGCUACGUCAACACUCUGCUCACCAACACUCAACUCCUGUCCGGCCUCUUACACCGACUCUGGGACCUGUUCCACAACCAGGGCACGUCGCUAAGCCCCGCCCACAUACUGGGUCUGGGGGCCUUCAUGGUCCACCUUCAUAACGCCUCCACAUCCCACAAUCCUCUGGUGCAGCUGGAGCCGAGCGCUCAGCCUGAGCCGGUGUCCGUGUCGGACGCCGUGAGCUCGGCGCUGGUCUGCAGGACGCACAGCGACAUGAUCUUCUGUGUGCGGCUGUGUUUGUCGGCGGUGUGUUACGGGAUCUGCAGACGAGAAUCAUCACCACAGCAACAACAGCAGGACUUCAUCCCGGUCACACUCUAUAAGAAGCUCCUCUACCUGCUCCCUCGACUGCUGCCUGAAGUGAGGAGGACUCCUGCUGCUGCUCCUCUGCAGCAGCCCGGCCUGUGGAGCAGCGUCACUCACUCUGACCACAGCUGGAAGGAGACGGCCCGACAGCUGUGGAGCCACGCUGGCUUCCAGCAGCUGCAGCACCGAGCGCAGCAUCAGUUGUCGUUCUCAGAGUGGCUGAGCGUCGAGCUCCGAGUCCUGAGAGGUGAAGACAUUUUGUCCGAUGCUGAGCGGCAGGAGUACCAGCAGUGGGCGUGCUCGGAGUUCUACCUGCCCCGUCCAGAGGAGGACGGAGGCUGCGGUGGAGACAUGAGGAAGCUCUGCUCCCAUCUGCUCACUGCCGUCAUGGACCAGCAGCUCAGAGAUCUGAGAGAGUCGGGGAGAGGAACGUGUUUUCCAGACAUUGUCUCCAGGUUACAGGAGGUGGUGUGUGAGAUGCAGAGCAGCAGCCUGUGCAGAUUCGACCUGUGCGACCUUUUGUUUGAAGAGAUUUCUCAGCGAUGUUCCUCCGCGGCGGCGCCGAGCGUCGGCUCUGAGCUCAGCCUGCAGCGCACGCUGCAGACGUGGAACAGGGUGCUGCUGUGUCUGCCGGCUCUCAUCCUGGUUAAAGUGAAGACUGACGGAGGGAGAAGGAAGCUGGACUGCGACAGACUGGUCCAGCAUGUGAACCAGCACCAGAGGAAACUUUCUUCUUCGGCCGCCCUGCUGCCUCUGAACCUGAACACACACCUGCUCAGAGGUUUGUUCAGUGCUGCUGAACGCUGUGAUCAUCCUGCAGAAGAAGUACGCAGAAUGUGGACUCACUUCUCCUCCUCCUGCCCCCUGCUGCUGAUCUCCACUGUGUGUCACUGGCCUGCUCUGUUUCCUGUUCUGUCCUCCUGGUGCAGUCGUGUGUGUGUUGGAGAAUCUCUGCAGCAGCUGCAGCUCAUCACUGACUGUCAGCUGUGGGCCAGCAGUCUGGAAGCAGAAGAGCCGCUGCCGCCGCCUCCCGCUGCUCCUCUCCUGCUUGCUGCCAGUCUGCAUCGAGUCCUGAGGGGCGGCGAGGUGAAGAGGCGGAGCUUCAGCGCCGCUCUGAGGUCACUCCACCCGGACCGAGUUGCCCAACACAAGCAGGCGCUGGUCUUCCUAUUUUUCCUGAGUGUGAAGGACUUCCUGUCAGCGCUGCUGUUUCCUCAAGACUGGAGCAAAGAAACGGAGCUCGGAGCGUGUACCGAGCUGCUCGCCGUACUGGUGGACUCGUCUGAUUGGCCGCUCCUCUUCACCUCCAACGAGCGGAGUGUUUAUCAGUCGGUUACCAUGGCGACGACUGAGGAGUUCACGAGGCUCAUGCCGUGGGCUUUUUGCUGCCUGCUGCUGCAGCAGUCUGCAGACCUGCAGCAGAGAGCUCUGAGAGCCACAGGCUUUCUUCAGGCUGCCGUCAGCUGUUACAUCAGGACUCUGCAGCUCUUCCUGGAUGGAGAUACGCCCCCACCCAGUGGCCACGCCCCCGAGGACGAGAUGGAGGCGCCACAGAUCCUGAAACAGACCAAACAGUUUCUACUGAGAGCCAUCGCACAGUCGCCCCCCAACGCUCUGUCGUCCGGUCAGCUCAGACAGCUGCAGGGUGAGUGUGCAGAUGUGGACCCUGAGGUGGCGGCGGCGCUCUCAGUGCACUCGGACUGCGGCAGUCCAGAGAUGGACUUCCUGUGAGCGACGCCAACGGACUGAACGAGGUCAUUCUGAGCACACAGACACACACACAAAAAAAACUCUUCAGCUACAUGAAGAUCAGCGAAUAAAAACUGGACCAAUGCGAAGAGUCCCGGAAAUCCUUCUCCGUCAGGACGUUCACACUGACAGGUCAACAUCCGAUUCUCAGUCACAUACUGAAAGAAACACUAAAAUAAGUUAAAACCUGAAAUUCUUCCAUCAGCCAGAAUAUCAAAACUUUGAUUCUAAGGUAAAAGAUGAAAAUUUACUGUUAAAAAUAGAAAAACUAUUAUUACUUAUAAAAAAUACAUUUAUUUAACUUCAAAUAAAAUAUUAUAGAUGAAUAAUAUUGAAUCAUGGAGGAAAAUAACUGAAGUUUUGGUAAUAUUUAAAGUCAUUUAAUAAAAUAAAAUUCAACAUGUCUGAGAUAUCAGAAAAAAAAGGCACAUUGAGAGCAAUCAGCUUAAAAGAAAAAUGUUGUUAUAAAUGUUUUUCAUUUGUACUUUUUUGUUGUGAAGUUGCUGAAGAUGUUUGUUUAGACACCCUUUUACAUUUUGAGCGCUCUGGGCCUCCAUACCAAAGAAAAGGUUUAAAAUAUCAGAUUUUCAAACAGACAGAAACAAAUUUCUGACUGCUUGAAGGGAUAUUUCGAGCAUUUGAAUGAGGUUUUCUAAUUCUGAAUGAACCGCUGCUGCUUCACCAUGAAAACGCACAAUUAAAACAAAAAAACACCUUGCUGUAGAUGUUAAACAACAGAUCAAUUAGAGAAAAAAUAAGUUUUCAUCGGCAACUGAUGGAGAGAAUUCACAUCUGAACUGUAAUGAUACAUCAGUGGUGUCCACCUGUGGUUCAGGGUCCCCAGAGAUCAGAGGGGCUUCUAAGGCUUUGCCCGCUCUGAGUAUUCCUAAAUGAAAUUAAAACCUUUAAACAAAUCAAGAGCUAACAUUACAAAGGAAGCAGCUGUGAUGUUUACUUUGGUGAAUCAGCAGCUCGGGAGCAAAACGAGGGUUCUUAGGAGCUAACGCUAACUUCAAGGCUAACGGCUUCUGGCUUAUUUAGUCUCAAAGCAAAACACAGGACUCAGUUUAACAUGUAGAUUCUGCAUUUAUUCACCAUUUUACUAUUGUAACCUCUUCUUCUUGAUGCCUCGGGUACAGCUCAGCAUGUUUUCCACAAUGUUAACAGGAAGAGUAAAGUCAGGUGCAGCAGCCAUUUUGAAUUCACUCAAAAUGUAACUUACGGCUGUUUCAGUCUGAGAAAAUCCUUCAGUGUCUCCUGACCACAGUCUGAAGGCUCAAUCGAGCCAAAUUCACAGGCGAAAACAGGAAACUGAAAAUGUGAGCAACCAUUUUCUGGCGCUAGCUCCCCAGGCUAACUCUUUAGCUUCCUGAUGCAGUAAACACAAGAUCUGUUGCAGAAUUCAUUUCCCAGUAACUGCAGCUGAAACUGAAGAUUUUCAUACAUUAGACAACUUUGAAAAGAUCUGGAAAAGACUCCUUGAAACCUAUCAACUCACACCUAAAGACAAGUGUUGAGAGAUUUUACUCACAGCUCAGUCUCAGACUGAGAUUUUACAAAGACUUGCGUUGAUAUCAGACACGUAUGUUUGAUAUUAUUGCAAACCCAAAACUAGGAAAAGACUGGCAUGUAACAGCGGCAAUUACGAGCUCAACAAUCGAAUCAGUACGGGGGUGCGCUUUGACUCCAGUUAAAAUCCCAGAUUUACAAAACAUUUUCUGUUUCUAGUCUGGGACUGUGAAAAUCUUUUGGCGUGAACCUUACUUUCUUCUGAGACUCUCCAGCACAGGAGACCAGUUCCUGUUUGAACGCCGCAUUUUCACCUCGUCGUACCUGUAAUCAGCUGUGGAUCUGCGUCCUUCUGACUGAACAUUAAAACCAGUUAAAACCAGCCCCGUUUCCUCUCCGGCUUCAUCCUCAGAUUUGCCGCCUCAUAUUUGCUUUCAUGAAUGAAAAUCUGACGAGUUUGUAACAAAGUGUUUCAUCAAGAGACGAAGUCUGCAGGACGUUGGGAGUCCGAGCGUCUCUUUUGGAGGAUGCGUUGGAGAAGCCAAGUGCUGCUGUUGGACAGUUUGUGGCGUCCUGCAGUCGUCAUCUGUCCUGCUCCUGCUGGACCGCCUCCCCGCUCAGCGUGACGGCGUGCAGGUCCGAG